CGACUGCGCACUGCUGCCGCUGCUGUCGUCGCGGCGCCAGGAGGGACGCGAUGGCGGGGCCCGCGUGGAUCUCCAAGGUCUCUCGGCUGCUGGGGGCAUUCCACAACCAAAAACAGGUGACCAGAGGUUUUGCUGGUGGUAACAGACCGCAGCAGUCUUCUGGGAACGUGUCUGAAAGUGUUUUUUAAGCCUGAGCAGUUGGGUGAGGACCUAACUUUCCAGGAUCCCAGUGGAGAGGAGAGCAGUUGCCUUCAUGGGAAACCCUCUGAAUUCCAGUUCAGACAGUCACUUUAAUUCCAGGAGAUGGUAUUGGCCCCGAGAUCUCAGCCGCGGUUAUGAAGAUUUUUGAUGCUGCCAAAGCGCCCAUUCAGUGGGAGGAGCGGAAUGUCACCGCCAUUCAAGGGCCCGGAGGAAAGUGGAUGAUCCCUCCCGAAGCCAAAGAGUCCAUGGAUAAGAACAAGAUGGGCUUGAAAGGCCCUUUAAAGACCCCAAUAGCAGCUGGUCACCCAUCUAUGAAUUUAUUGCUGCGUAAAACAUUUGACCUUUAUGCAAAUGUCCGGCCGUGUGUCUCGAUCGAGGGCUAUAAAACCCCUUACACUGACGUAAACAUCGUCACCAUUCGGGAGAACACGGAAGGAGAAUACAGCGGCAUUGAGCACGUGAUCGUGGACGGGGUCGUGCAGAGCAUCAAGCUCAUCACGGAGGAGGCAAGCAGGCGCAUCGCAGAGUUCGCCUUCGAGUACGCCCGUAACAACCACCGGAGCAAUGUCACGGCCGUGCACAAAGCCAACAUCAUGCGAAUGUCAGAUGGGCUUUUUCUGCAAAAAUGCAGGGAAGUUGCUGAAAACUGUAAAGAUAUUAAAUUUAAUGAGAUGUACCUUGAUACAGUGUGUCUGAACAUGGUCCAGGAUCCGUCCCAGUUUGAUGUUCUUGUUAUGCCAAAUUUGUAUGGAGACAUCCUUAGUGACCUGUGUGCGGGAUUGAUUGGAGGUCUUGGUGUGACACCAAGUGGCAACAUUGGAGCCAAUGGGGUCGCGAUCUUCGAGUCGGUUCACGGCACCGCCCCGGACAUUGCGGGCAAGGACAUGGCCAACCCCACAGCCCUCCUGCUCAGCGCCGUGAUGAUGCUGCGCCACAUGGGGCUUUUCGACCACGCCGCGAGGGUUGAGGCUGCGUGCUUUGCCACAAUCAAGGAUGGAAAGAGCUUAACGAAAGAUCUAGGAGGCAACGCAAAGUGCUCCGACUUCACGGAGGAGAUCUGUCGUCGAGUACGAGAUUUGGACUGAGGCUCCUGUGAGUGGCGUCUGCGGGCGUCAGUGUUACCGGCCGCCGCAGGCGCCUCCCGUUGCGCACACGUUUGGUUCGCUUCUUUCCCGACAGUACACUUUUAGACGUGGCCUUUUCUGAACAAAAUCUGUGCAGAGGCUGCGGGUGACGUCCCUAGGCCUGCUUUCAGAGGACUUUCCCCAAGUGCUUGUUUUAUUUAUUCUGUGUCUAUCCCGUAUAUGUUUUUGUAAAUUCUAAGUGGACUGUGUCGUUUGCCAUGUUAAUCAUUUUACACUUUGGUUAAAACGGUUUUUCCUCAGCUGUAAAUACGAUACAAAAUUAAUAAGAGAAAACAUAACUUUUUAAAGAAAACCCUGUUUUCCUUGGUUUAUGAAAAAUGUAGUAGAAGCAAAAUAGAUUAUUGACAUGAUAGUAAAGAUGAUAUUCUUAUAAAGCUAAACGGGCACAGGAGAGGUUUCCUGGAAAGUUCAGGUCAAAACCAGUGAAUGGGGCAUAUUUCUUAGCGAUGGGGGAAGUAGGCAGGUGUGUCCUUCCACGUGAAUUACUGAGUAUGAAUAAAGACUUCAAGAACUA